AUGCAUUCGUUCCUUAGUCGAUUAAAUACUCUGUUUGCCUUUACCAUCAGUGUUCUCGCUGCUCUCACUCUCGGUGUAUUCAUUUCGACAUAUUUCGAGCAAUAUCAUGGAACGGUAUCAAUUAGUGCUAAUAAACCCAUUGUAAAACAUAUGACUGAUUUCUCGGCGAAUCGAAAGAAAAAUGAUCUCGGUGUGUUACAAUUGGAUAUGGAUAUGAAUCUGAAUCCAUUGUUUGAUUGGAAUGUCAAACAAUUAUUCUUGUAUUUGACUGCGGAAUACGUCACACCAUCAAAUAGUUUGAAUCAGGUUGUUCUCUGGGAUAAAAUUAUUCAACGAGGUGAAAAUGCUCAGUUAAAUAUGCGUGACGUGGCGACGAAAUAUUAUUUCUGGGAUGAUGGAGAUCAUCUUCGGUCGAAUAAUGUGACGUUAACAUUGGCAUGGAAUAUCAUUUCAAAUGCUGGCCGUUUGCUUCAUGUUCGAGCGGAUGGUUCGUCAUCUUUCAUAUUUCCGGAUGAAUACGUAACAAGUCGUGGAAAGAAUUCUGGCCGAGAAUAG